GGCCGCAGGAGGGCGGGGCCGAGCGCUAGCAGGGAGAAGCGAGCAGGCGGCGGGCACUGUCUGUGCGCUGAGCAGGCGAGCGAGCGGGAAGACGCAGCCACCUUCCUCACCAGCCAGCCCGCAGCGGUUUGUUCCCUUUUUCGGGAGAGCUCCAAUGCCUGGACCGACCCAAACCCUGUCCCCAAAUGGCGAGAACAACAACGACAUUAUCCAAGAUAAUAACGGGACCAUCAUUCCUUUCCGGAAGCACACAGUGCGCGGGGAGCGUUCCUACAGGAGCCGCCUAUUGCCAGUUCAUGGACAUGCUCUUUCCAGGCUGCAUUAGUUUGAAGAAAGUAAAAUUUCAGGCAAAGUUGGAACAUGAGUAUAUUCACAACUUUAAACUUCUGCAAGCAUCAUUUAAGCGAAUGAAUGUUGAUAAGGUGAUUCCAGUGGAGAAGCUAGUGAAAGGACGUUUCCAAGACAACCUGGAUUUUAUUCAGUGGUUUAAGAAAUUCUAUGAUGCUAACUACGACGGGAAGGAGUAUGAUCCCGUUGAGGCGCGACAAGGGCAAGAUGCAAUUCCUCCCCCCGACCCUGGUGAACAGAUCUUCAACCUGCCAAAAAAGUCUCACCACGCAAACUCCCCCACAGCAGGCGCAGCAAGAUCAAGUCCAGCAUCUAAACCAGGAUCCACACCUUCUCGUCCCUCCUCAGCCAAAAGGGCUUCAUCCAGCAGCUCAGCAUCCAAAUCUGAUAAAGAUUUAGAAACACAGGUCAUACAGCUUAAUGAGCAGGUACAUUCGUUAAAACUUGCCCUUGAAGGCGUGGAAAAGGAAAGGGAUUUCUACUUUGGGAAGUUGAGAGAGAUCGAGCUACUCUGCCAAGAACAUGGGCAGGAGAAUGAUGACCUCGUGCAGCGAGUAAUGGACGUGCUCUAUGCUUCAGAAGAACACGAGGGCCACACGGAAGAGCCAGAAGCAGAGGAGCAGGUCCACGAGCAGCAGCUCCAGCAGCAGGAAGAGUACUGACCCCUCCCGGCAGCUCUUGACACUCUCUUGUGCAUGGGAACGUUUCUUCUGGAGAAUUGGAACAUGUGUGGCCUCAAGCUCGACAGAAACCAGUUGUUCCCAAUUGGCCGUUACCAUCAGCACACUGUGCAUCCGCCAGCCACCGCACCCGGUUCCCAUUUCCUUUGCCAAGAUGUAUUCACAGGUGGCCAUCCUGGCCACCUUCCCGAGAGAUCGUAGGGUCACAUCCAUUCAACUUCACCACUUGGCUGCUUGAGAUUGGUUCUGCUCUUUCCUUAUUUCUUUCCAGAACUACUCCCCCCCCACAACCCCCAACACUGCUACCCUCUCCCCCUCUUUUUAUCCUGGUGUGAAACAAUGGUAAUUUGAUCUAUGGUAUUUAUAUUGGCAUUUCUCAACCCAGUGUCACUAGAUGUCACAUGCAUUUGUGGUGCUUUGAUGUUUGCAAGUCUAACCUCUGAACGUAAUUUGGUCAAAUAAUUAAUUGGAACAAAGGGAAACAGAUACUUGAUAUGAAAGCCAUAGACAGUGACUUGUGUUGUGGGGGAAAACGUAGGGUCAGUCUUUCCCUCUGCUCACAACACUAAAGGGAAAAAAAAUGGAUUCAGAGCUAGGAAUUCAGGGCCCAGUAAUGUUGAUACAUCAGCAUGUUAGACAACCACACAGUAUGUUGUUACUUUUGAAAGACAUUCGCUCAAGGAAAACACCAUCUCAGCUUUACCCUCUCACCAUGUGCCCCUGUCCCCCUCCCCUUCCCAUAUUCUCAUGCUAUUUUCUUUCUCAGGGUCCUCUUUGGUGGGCAGCCACUCUCCCCAAGAAGUUGUCAUCACUUAUCUGCAGUCCAAAGGGGGUCUGGGUAGGUGCAGAUCUUCCUGCCUUGUCUCUCUUCCUCCUGGGGGUUUCAGCCCCCACACUGUCAUUCACACUAGGCACUCCUACUAGAAGAUAGCUUCGGGGUUUGCAUCUUGGGGCUGCAGGGCUCUGUGCUGUGCUGCACACUUGGUAGAAGGCUGGAAGUGAAGACUCUUCAUAGGAGCAUAAUUCCAAGGGAGAAUCAUGGCUCUGCAGUCUGGUGUUGACACUGAAAUCACAGCACAGGAAAAGCGAUGACACCCAGUAUCUUCCAGAUUAAGGAAUUUCCCCUCUUUGACACAAGGGCCCUCCUUGUCAUUGAUCUUUGAUAAACCAUGGCAAUUCAUAGAGAAAACAUUAAUGAAUUAAAAGCAUUCCUUAUUUUUUUAACUAAUAUUUGCACAUUUUCUUAGUCUCUUUCCAAACCUUUGCCUUUUUCUUCUUCUCCUGUACCAGAUGGUAUCCCUUCCUGGGUCAUUCAUUGCACUUGGUUUCUAACUGGUUACUGUCACUUGUUAUUUGACUUAGCAGGUGCAACAAAAGCAAGAAGCAAUUGUGCCCCACCCCACUUUCCGCUCAACUGAAAAGCUUAAAAUAAAUUUCUGAAUUAUGGAUCAUAAAGCUUUGAAAGUUCCUUAUUAAUUGAUGAAAUACUAAUUCUAAAUUCUGGCAUUGAAGCUUUUCACCAAAAGAAGUCUUUCCAAAAUAAAUCUCUUGCAGCAAAGUGGUAUUUAUUAAGUUUUACGUGGAAAAGAUGGCUUGUAUUUUUGAGAUUAUUACAACACACUGUGCGGAAUUGGACAGACGUUCCAUGGUGUUCGGUUUCCCUUUCUUCUCUCUCCUGCUCACUCUGCAUUACAGCGGCAGCUCAUUUCUCUAAGGCUUCACAGCCUGGCUCUCGGCAGUGACGUCCUCCCACUCCUGGUCACAGGUAGUGGCUGUGCUAUACACAGCAUCAUAUUUAACGGUGUGUUGCCCUCCUGAGCCUAUUGUACUCACGGAUUUUCCUUUUUUAAAAUAGCUCUUGUAAAGCGAUCACAAUAAAUAAGUCCAGGCCAAUGAAACUUGAGUGGUUUCUAGGCCAUUCUUUGCCUGCUCUAGACAUCACAGUCAUACCCAGGGCUGGGUCGAUCGUGACCAGAUUCUGUUCGUGUGGAUGACAUUCCAUGAAUGGGGUAAGCAAGGAGUCAAGAUCAUGUCUUCUCUAGGAUCUACUUCAUACUGUUAGAAGUUGCAUACGCCUCCCCGAUGACUUGCUGGAACCACUCUGUCUCUCUCCAACUCCCCGACCUUUGGGGAGAACUUUCCCUGGUCACCAUACUCCAUUCUCCUUCCUGAAGGCUUGGGCAGACUAUUCACUUAUUUAGAGAAGAGCUAUAUGUUCCUCUUUCUGUCCCCAUCUUACACAUCAUCUUUUGUGCUAUACUCCAGGGGAUGUCACAGAUGCUUUGGAGGAAUCUUUAACAACUGAGUCUCUGAGUCAGUCCUCUUGUGCUCUGUGCAGACCACCACUCAUUCCCCAUGGAUGGGAGGAUCCCAUCCUUUUCUCAUCUCGGCAUUCAGGGCACACUGUCCUCUGUGCCCUGGUCAUGUGUCACUAGGCUGGGCUGAGAAGUAUCCCUGGGUGUGUGCUCUGCUCCUCCCUCUCAGGAAGCCCAAUUUCACCCUUCGUCCCCCCUCACGCCAACUGUUGGCUGGUUAUAGCAUUUCCACUGCUACCAUCAGAUAGGAAGUGAUCGAAGCAGGGGGCAAAGAGAAAGCCCAUGUUUAUUCUAAGCAGAAAGGCAGGAAAAAGAAAAAAACAAUCUGUUGACCGAGAGAAGUAAACUCCAGAAGGGAACCAAGAAUUCCUUCCCUGGUGAGUAUUUCCAUUAUUCCGUUAAGGUUUAUUAUGCAUUCAGAUUACUUUUACUAAAUAGUACACCAUAAAGCUUUUGUUAUAUAUUAAAUGUAAACUGAAAGGAAUGUAAACAUAUGUAUUGUUAAUUAUAAAUAUAGAUAAGUAAUGACAUAAUAGAUGAAAAAGUCUUAUUCAGAUGUAUCACAUUCAUUUUACAUUACCCACCUAUUGUUGCAUGGUAGAAUAGUAUUUUGUCUCUGAAUAUGUGAAUAACUUGACUUGCGUUGACCUUUUUACAUAUUUAAUAAAAAAAGCAUAUGUUAAAA